AUGGCACCUGUCAAAUGGCUCCUUUCGCUCGUGGGAUCUGCUUGCCUCAUUCACGCCGCGCAGGUCCAAUUCUCCUUGGACCUCACGUGGCAACGAGGAGCUCCCGAUGGGGUAGAAAGGGAUAUGAUCUUCAUUAAUGAUCAGUUUCCCGGUCCCACGUUAGUUUUUGAUGAAGGAGAUGAAGUGACGAUAGAUGUAACUAAUCAUCUACCGUUUAAUACUUCUGUUCAUUUCCAUGGCAUUGAGCAAAAAGGGACACCCUGGUCUGAUGGGGUCUCUGGGUUGUCGCAAUGGGCUAUUCUUCCUGGCGCAAACUACCAGUACAAAUGGGUGGCUAACACCUACGGAACGUACUGGUACCAUGCCCAUGAUAAGUCCAGAAUCAUGGAUGGUUUGUACGGCGCGAUUCGCAUCCGACCCUCCGCUGACAGCAAGUCGCCAUUUUGGAUGAUCUCUGAUAAUCCCGAUGACAUCGAGGCUAUGAAAAGAGCCGAAGAAAAUACCGAGAUCGUCAUCGCCUCGGAUUGGGAUCAUUUGACCUCUGACGCAUACAUGGAUGCUUUGAAAGAAUCAGGAUACGACAUCUUUGUUCUGGUCAAUGGCCGAGGAUCAGUCUAUUGUAAAGAUCCCGCAGAAUUAACUGCCCUGCAACCACCACAGGUCAGAGUAGUUAUCACCGAGCCACUAACCGACAAAGGAUGUGAUCCAUUCAUGCGCGUAGUGCAAGGCGACUGGGAACACCACCCCGCAGCCCUCCCACCCGGUCUGAACUCAGGAUGCAUCCCGAGCCAAGGCCCGAUGACCGGCUUCAUUGUCGACCCCGUGGCAAAGUGGGCCAGCUUCAACUUCAUCAGCGCCGCCAGUCUCAAAGCACUCGUCGUGUCCAUCGACGAGCAUCCAAUGUAUGUCUAUGAAGUUGACGGACGCUACAUCGAACCCCAAAUGGUCCAUGAAAUCCCCAUUUACAAUGGCGAGCGAUACUCCGUCAUGAUCCGGCUGGAUAAAGAGUACGCAAGCUACACGAUGCGCGUGGCUGGCAAUGGUAACCAGGUGAUUUCUGGCUAUGCCAAUGUCACUUACAAAGGGGGCGAAGAUAACCCGCGGCAAUCGACGCCGUAUAUCAACUACGGCGGUGUCAGUACGACGCCUGAUGCCAUUCCUCUCAACACUACUCAUCUUCCACCCUACCCGCCCAUUCUACCCGCGGAUAUCGCAGAUGAUUUCCAUCUUCUGACCCUGGGACGCAUCAAUUCAUCUUGGGAAUGGACAUUGGACGGGACUUCCUUCCUUCCGGCAAACCUGGAUAGAAUGGAGCCCGCCCUUUUUAACCCGCAGUCUCCUGGAUUGGAUCCCUCGCUCAAGAUCGAGACGAAGAAUGAUACCUGGGUGGAUAUUAUUUUCCAAUUGGCGAUUCCCUCGCCGACAAAACUUCAGCCACCUCACCCUAUUCACAAGCAUUCUAAUAAGGCGUUCUUGAUCGGUUCGGGCAUGGGGAAGUUUACAUGGGGCUCCGUUAAGGAAGCUAUGGAUGAGUCGCUGGACAACUUUUUUCAAGUCCCGGUUUAUCGGGAUACUUUCGUUACUGCACCGAACGGCGUCGCUUGGAUUGCGAUGCGGUAUCAUGUUGAGAAUCCCGGCGCGUUCCUUCUGCAUUGCCAUACGGAGACGCAUCUCCAUUCGGGAAUGGGAAUGGUGUUGCUGGAUGGCGUGGAUGCUUGGCCCGAGGUCCCGCAGUAA